UACCUCAGAUUUAUUAUAUAACACCGAGGUAAUUUUCAAGGCAUUGUUGUGGGUUAUUGCGGCAAUGGCGCUUAUAAUGGCCGAGGAGGCUCGUACACAGCUAGUGCCUUGCUAUUUCGUUUUCGGAGACUCAGUCUUCGACAACGGUAACAACAAUGACUUGAAUACUACCGUCAAAGUUAAUUAUUCACCUUAUGGUAUUGAUUUUGCUAGAGGUCCUACCGGCCGGUUUAGCAAUGGCCGUAAUAUUCCCGACUUUAUCGCUGAACUAAUGGGAUUCAGUGAUUACAUUCCACCUUUUGCUGGAGCAUCUCCUCAACAAGCUCACACUGGUAUAAACUACGCUUCUGGUGCUGCCGGAAUUCUCGAAGAGACUAGCUACCAUUUGGGCGAUAAAAUCAGUUUUGAAAAGCAAAUAAAGAAUCAUCGGACGAUUAUAAUGACGGCGAAUGUGCCAUCCGAGAAGCUGGAGAAAUGCCUAUACACAAUUAAUAUUGGAAGCAAUGAUUAUCUCAACAAUUAUUUCAUGCAAGGUAAUAUACUUUAUAAUGCCAAGGUUUAA